AACUGCAUAUCGAAUUUUCACAUAAAAACGGUGUAGUCCUGACUAUAUCGUUAUAAAGUAUUGAACUGUCUGUGUAAUGUCUCAAACAGUUUAAUGCAUAGCAUUUUAUGUUGUUAUUGAAAUUGUUAGUUUUAAACACAAAAUUUAUUUUCAAAAAAAAGUUUAAAUUCUACAAUAGCAGUACACUUCAUACCAGUUAUCAAUCAUUGUUUAUUGGUUUAGAAAAAUUCUUAUCUACAUUUCCUCGUUCAUACGAUAAAUUCAUGUCAGAUCUAGAGCUUGAGAUAACUCAGUGUAGGGCGUCAGUAAAGGAACAGGGUGAUUUGGUUAAAAAACUCAAAAGUGAAGGCGCUCAAACUAUUGAUAUUGAUUUGGCAGUAAAGGAACUUAAAGCACGCAAAAGAGUACUAGAACAAAAAGAAUUGCUCCUUGAUCCUCCUGAUACUUUUGAUAGAGCAAGAUGUGAAGAUUUAUUGAAAAGACGAUUUUUUUAUGCUCCUGCUUUUGAGAUAUAUGGAGGUGUUGCUGGUCUAUAUGACUUUGGACCUAUGGGGUGUGCAAUGGAGAACAACUUGUUAGCAAUAUGGCGAUCGCAUUUUGUUCUGGAAGAACAGUUUUUAGAGGUUCGUUGCACACAAUUAACACCAAUUCAAGUUCUUAAGGCAUCAGGGCACGUUGAUAGAUUUACUGAUGUUAUGGUGCGUGAUAUUAAAACGGGUGACUGUUACCGGGCUGAUCAUCUUCUUGAAGGCCAUCUUGAAAAUUUAUUGAGCAACAAGAAGCUGUCUGAAGACAAAAGAAAGGAAUACACGUUAGUUCUAAGUCAGAUUGAUAACUUUAAAAAAGAUGAUCUUUGGAACCUUAUUCAAAAGUAUGAAUGCAAAGCUCCUGGAACAAACAAUGAUUUGCAUGAUCCACAAGAUUUUAAUCUCAUGUUUGGUACGUCUAUCGGACCAGGUGGAAAUCUUGCUGGUUUUAUGAGACCUGAGACAGCUCAAGGAAUUUUCCUUAAUUUUAAAAGGCUUUUGGAAUAUAAUAAUGGAAGGUUACCAUUUGGAGGAGCGCAAAUUGGUUGUGGAUUCAGAAAUGAAAUAGCUCCACGAGCAGGUUUACUUCGAGUCAGAGAGUUUAUUAUGGCUGAAAUAGAAUAUUUUGUUGAUCCAGAAGAAAAAGAAAUAACUAAAUUUAAAGAUGUGCAAGACACAGUAUGCGUGUUGUACCCUCGUGAUGUCCAAAUGGCUGGCGAACCUGCACUAAAAAUGACUUUAAAGGAAGCACUUGAAAAAGGAAUCAUUUUUAACACAGCAAUGGGUUACUUUCUUGCUCGCAUUCAAAGUUUUAUGUUGAAAAUAGGUGUUGAUCCUACCAAAAUGCGGUUUAGGCAGCAUAUGGCCAAUGAAAUGGCACACUAUGCUUGUGAUUGCUGGGAUUGUGAACUUAAAACAUCAUAUGGUUGGGUUGAAUGUGUUGGCUGUGCAGACCGCGCCUGUUUUGAUCUUCAACAGCAUACAAACGCGAGUGGCGAAAAACUUGUUGCUAUGGUUGAUUUAGCUACACCUGUUUCUGUUGAUGUAGUUGAAGUAUGUCUUGAAAAAUCUGCUGUAGGAAAAUCUUUUAAAAAUGAAGCUAAAGCAGUCACUGAGUAUGUUGCUAAAAUGACUGUUGAUGAAAUUGAAAAGUUGGAGUUAUCCAUUAAAGAAAACGGUUUGUUUUCGAUUAAUGUGAAUGACAAAGAGUAUGUUUUAAAAAAGGAAAUGGUUAAAGAAGUUCGUAGAUUUAAGAAAGAUAUUCAUGUCCGAGAAGUUUCGCCACAUGUUGUAGAGCCCUCGUUUGGGAUUGGUAGAAUUAUGUAUGCUGUUUUAGAGCAAAAUUUUCGUGUAAGAGAAGGUGACGAACAAAGAACUUGGUUGUCACUUCCUCCGUUACUAGCCCCUGUAAAAUGUUCUGUACUUCCUCUGAGCAAGAAUGAAGCAUUUGAUCCAUUUGUCAAAAAAAUAUCGGCCAUGCUGACUGAAUUAGAUGUCUCUCACAAAGUUGAUGAUUCAAGUAUAUCAAUAGGAAGACGUUACGCUCGUACUGAUGAAAUAGCUAUACCAUACGGAGUGACAGUAGAUUUUGAUACAAUAAAUAAAGAACCAAACACUGUUACACUCAGAGAAAGAAAUACUACAAAACAGAUUCGUGUUGAAGUAAACUUUGUAGGUGAGUUAGUAAGAGAUUUGGUGAAAGGUAAACGAGUUUGGGACGACGUUGUUGAAGAGUUUGGUCUCUUUGAAGGUCAACAAACUAUCACAAAGUAGAUUUUUAUAUGACGACUGUAAGAUACAAUAUUUAAAAAAAAAACGAAAUGAUUUUUAA